UUGGUCUAAAUACGAAUAACGGUUUACGUGAGUAGCGUGUCACACAAGCCCAGUUCCUCGCUAGCCUUUUCCAGCUAGCUUCCCAAAAUACCAACGUGAAGCCCCCUUGCUUGUAUGGAAGCGGUCAGCAUCACCAGCCAGGUUCAUGUUCCUCGGUGACAAUGAAGAAGGUUUUACUACUGUCACUGCUGCUGCUGAACAUACAUCAGGGUAUAGCAGCUCCCAAAGGCGUCACGGCCAGCCUCAAAGCCAAGUGGAGCAUGACCCCUUUCCUCCUGGAGACAAGUGAGUUUAUUGGAGAAGAUGGAAGUGAAAAAUUCUGGAACUUUGUUGACACUGUAAAGGAACUCACUGUUUACAAGCAAGGAGAAUCCGUGCGCUCAUAUUACAACUUGAUCAUCAAAAAGGCAGCUCAGUUUCUCACACAUCUUCAAGUGAACCUCCUCAGAUUUGCUCUGGCCAUGCGGUCCUAUUCACCAGCUGUCCAUGCAUCUCAACAGAUAGCCAGUGAUGAGCCUCCGCCUGAGGCUUGUCCUUCCUUUGUCUCGAUUCAUGGUCAACAUAGCUGCAGCACCAAGGACAUCAAGAAGCUCCUUAAGGAGGCAGCAGGCAGGCCAAAACCAUACUUGUAUAAGAAUGAUCACACAUAUCCAGCUGUCAACAAACCUGAUAUGCCUGUUGUGAUCCUCUAUGCUGAAAUCGGAACCAAGAAGUUUAACUUGUUUCAUAAGGUGCUGUCGGAGAAGGCACAAGAAGGCAAGCUUAUGUAUGUUUUGCGGCAUUUUGUAGCGAAACCAAAACCUCAAAAGGUGCUUUUAUCAGGAUAUGGUGUUGAAUUGGCCAUCAAAAGCACAGAAUACAAAGCUGUGGAUGACACCAAAGUUAAAGAUUCAAAGACGGUUAUAAAUGCUGAGGAUGAUGAGAAUGAUGAAGUACAAGGUUUCUUAUUUGGAACAUUAAGAACAUCUCACCCUGAACUCCAGGAGCAACUUGGCGAACUUCGAAAACAUCUGCUGGAAAGUACCAACGACAUGGCCCCUCUCAAAGUGUGGGAGAUGCAAGAUUUAAGUUUUCAGGCUGCUGCUAGAAUCAUGUCUGUGCCAAAGUUCGACGCUUUAAAGGUCAUGCGAGACCUCAGUCAAAACUUUCCAAGCAGAGCAAGAUCACUGACAAGAGUGGCCGUAAAACAGGAAAUGAGAAAAGAAAUUGAGAAGAACCAAAAGCAUCUUGGUGAGACAAUGGGCAUCCAGCCAGGAGAUGGGGAGCUCUUUAUAAACGGACUACACGUUGAUCUAGAUGUUCACAACCCUUUCAGUAUAUUAGACAUCCUCAGAGGAGAGGCCAAGGUUUUAGAGGGGCUUCAUAACUUGGGCAUUAAGGGAGAACAUCAGGCCAAGCUGCUUAGGUUACUUGUGAACACAGUGGAUGACAGCUACGCCUUAGAUAUCCGACAUCCAGCUAUAAUGUGGAUGAAUGACAUUGAAAAUGACCAGAUGUACCGCAGCUGGCCAGCAAGUGUGCAGGAACUUCUCAGAGCCACCUUUCCUGGCGUCAUCCGACAGAUCAGACGUAAUUUCUUUAACCUGGUUUUGUUUUUAGAUCCACUGCAGGAAGAAACUGUUGAACUGGUGAAGCUAGCAGAGCUUUUCUACAAGCAUAAAAUCCCCCUGAGAAUUGGAUUUGUGUUUGUUGUCAACACCAAAGAUGAGAUUGAUGGCUUCUCAGACGCAGGAGUGGGAUUUUACCGGCUGUUGAAUUACAUCACAGACGAGUAUGAUUUAUCCCAGGCUGUGAUGUCUAUAGUCUCAAUGUACAGCAAAGUAGAUGUGGGGGAAACAUUAUCUGCUGACACAAUAUCUGCGUACCUGAAGAAGAAAUACCCAAAAGCCAAUCAAGAACGGAUUCUGGGAUCAGAUUCUGAAUAUGAUUACAAACGAAAGGAUGGUGCUCUCUUCUACAGGAAGAGUGGGCUGGGUGCCUUGCCUCUGGCAUUAUUUAAUGGAGUUCCUCUGAACCCAGACGAGAUGGACCCAGAAGAACUGGAGACCAUAAUCCUACAGCGCAUAAUGGACACCACUGCUGCCUUUCAGAGAGCAGUCUUUAUGGGUCAGUUAACAGAAAGCUCAGAUGUGGUGGAUCAUCUAAUGGAGCAGGCUAAUGUGGUUCCCAGGAUGAAUCCGCUCAUUUUAAACACUGACCGAAAAUACCUCGACUUGACUGGGACGCCAGUUGUAGAUGAUUGGGAGGACACAACUAUGUUUUCAUACUUGGAGUCUAAAGACAAAACUGCUGUGAUCUCUAAAAGGAUGAAGUAUUUCACAAAUGGUGAUGAGGAUGGGAUGACUGCUGUAACCAUGUGGGUAGUUGCAGAUUUUGAGAAGGUUUCAGGGCGAAAGUUGUUGCUUAAUGCUUUGAAACAUGUAAAGUCCAGUCCAGGCUUGCGUGUAGGGGUGAUAGAUAACCCCAGUGGAAAGCCCAGCGAAGAUAACACUGUGCUGUACAGAGCUGUCUGGGCCUCUCUCCUCACCCAGAAGAAUAAGGCUGCAGUAGAGUUUGCACAAAAACUCCUAAAAGAGGAGAGCAGCCUGCUCCUCCAGCAAGGGACUAAGAUGAAGGACUUGGGGAUGCAGGGAAUGGACCUAGAUGCCUUUGAGAAAAAGUUCAACACACUAGAGGUUGAUUUUAUCCGCAGUCAGCAAAUGUUCUGUCAAGAUGUCCUGAAGCUGCGUCCUGGACAGCAGGCUGUGAUCAGCAACGGCAGAAUUCUCUGUCCGUUUGAAGAGCAGGAGGAAUUCACUAUGGAGGAUUUCCACUUGCUUGAGAAGAUUGGUUCAGCAGAGAAAGUCAAAGCCAAAGUAAAACAGAUGGGGAUGAAACCAAAGCAAGCGAGUGACCUGGUCAUGAAAGUUGAUGCGCUGCUUUCUGCAGUCUCUAAAGGAGAGAUCAGAAGAGAUGUCAGUUUUAAAGACACCCAAAGUGUGCUCCAGCUCUCACCACGUGAAAAUGAGGUGUUCUACGAUGUUGUGGCCAUCAUUGAUCCCCUUACUAGAGAAGCACAAAAGAUCUCCUCGCUCCUGAUUGUGCUUAGUCAAGUGGUCAAUGUGAAACUGCAGGUGUUUAUGAAUUGCAGGGCCAAGUUGUCCGAGUUGCCCCUCAAGAGUUUUUACAGAUUUGUUUUGGAGCCUGAUGUGGCUUUCUUGGCCAACGACACGGCGUCUUCAGGGCCGGUAGCCCGCUUCAUGGAGCUCCCAGAAUCCCCCCUUCUUACUCUUAACAUGAUCACACCGGAGAGCUGGAUGGUGCAGGCAGAGCACAGUCUCCACGACCUGGACAACAUCCACUUGCAAGAGGUUAAUGGGCUUGUAGCAGCAGAAUUUGAACUGGAGCACCUCUUACUGGAGGGCCACUGCUUUGACCUGUCAACUGGCCAGCCGCCUCGUGGACUACAGUUCACCCUGGGCAUGAGUCAGGACCCGCUCAUGUAUGACACUAUUGUCAUGGCUAAUCUGGGGUAUUUCCAGCUGAAGGCCAACCCAGGAGCCUGGAUCCUAAGAUUACGUAAAGGGAGAUCAGAGGACAUCUAUCAGAUUAUCACGCACGAUGGAACUGAUUCCCCACCUGAUGCUGAGGAUGUAAUAGUUGUGCUAAACAGCUUCCACAGUAAGAUCAUCAAAGUCAGGGUGCAAAAAAAAGCAGAGAUGAUUAACGAAGACCUUUUGAGUGAAACUAGUGAAAGCAAAGGCAUAUGGGACUCCAUAGUAAGUGUUUGGAGCACUUUUGAGAAAAGCAUCACAGGUGGUGGCUCAAAGAAGGAUGAAGGAGAGAAGAAAAAGAAAGAUAUUCUUAACGUAUUUUCUGUGGCCUCCGGUCAUCUGUACGAGCGAUUUCUGAGAAUAAUGAUGUUGUCUGUUCUUCGGCAUACAAACACACCUGUCAAGUUCUGGUUCCUUAAAAACUACCUCUCACCUUCUUUCAAGGAGACCAUUUCUCACAUGGCCAAGUCGUAUGGCUUUCAGUAUGAGUUAGUGCAGUACAAGUGGCCCCGCUGGCUCCACCAGCAGACGGAGAAACAGCGCAUUAUCUGGGGAUACAAGAUCCUCUUCCUGGAUGUUCUGUUCCCUUUAGCUGUGGACAAGAUAAUUUUUGUAGACGCCGACCAGAUCGUUCGGGCUGAUUUAAAAGAGUUGAGGGACUUGGACUUACAGGGAGCUCCCUAUGGCUACACACCGUUUUGUGACAGUCGCAGAGAAAUGGAGGGGUAUCGCUUUUGGAAGAGCGGGUACUGGGCCUCACAUCUUGGACAGAGGAAAUAUCACAUCAGCGCGCUCUAUGUGGUGGAUUUAAAGAAAUUCCGUAAAAUUGCAGCUGGAGACAGACUGAGGGGUCAGUAUCAAGCUUUAAGCCAGGACCCAAACAGUCUGUCAAACCUGGACCAGGACCUUCCUAAUAACAUGAUUCAUCAGGUGGCCAUUAAGUCACUUCCUCAGGAGUGGCUGUGGUGCGAGACAUGGUGUGAUGAUGCCUCUAAAGUUACAGCUAAGACUAUCGACCUGUGUAAUAAUCCUAAAACCAAAGAGCCCAAGCUGAUGGCUGCAGCAAGGAUUGUGCCUGAGUGGGUAGAUUAUGACAAGGAGAUAAAAGAAACGCUGAGACGAGUCCAGGAACAGACUCCAACCCCCUCACUACAUAAGAAAGCAGAGAACCGGCGGGAUGAACUUUAGCGUCUGCCAGAAGCAUGGUGAAGAGGAAGCAGGCAGCACCUUUUUGCACGCAGGCCACCUGUGAAGCUUGAAGACAGACAGCUCCAGCUAAACAUAGCUGUGGAGUGUUACCUCCCCAGACGGAUGAAGAGGAUGUGAUAUUUUCAGAGAUGUCAUUUCUGCUUCUGAAGUCGGUAAAAAUCUCACAAACUCAGCACAGGAUUUAAUUGUGAAAGGGCAGCCAGAAACCCGCGGCUUGAAGCUCUACAGCCAGACAGCAAUUAUUGGAGAGUCUUGGAAACAGAAUGUUCAAAGCACCACAUCAUGUUUGUUUUAAGGGAAGCAUUCGGCAUAUGUUGCACUGUACAAGUAGAGAAGGCACAUUUCUAAAUGUAUUUCAGUAUUUAAAACAUAACAAACACA